CCUUGCUCUUAGAAUGGCGGAGACUCCAUAUAAAUAAUCUACCUGACAGGCGACGGCUGAAGUCAAGUACGUCGUUUGGAGAGGGGCAGGGAGCCGAGCUGUGGAGCCCCUGGACGGAGUAUUCCCUCGGAUAAAACAAAGGUGUUAAGCGUUUCUUCCCCUCCGCCAUUUUGACGCCAUCUUUGCCGUUAUCGGAACACAAGACAGAUAUGCAGCUUGAAAUCCAAGUAGCCUUGAAUUUUAUCAUUUCCUAUCUGUAUAACAAGCUGCCCCGGAGACGAGUCAACAUCUUUGGCGAAGAACUUGAAAGGCUCCUGAAGAAGAAAUAUGAAGGCCACUGGUAUCCUGACAAACCGUACAAGGGUUCGGGCUACAGGUGCAUCCACGUCGGGGAGAAGGUGGAGCCGGUCAUAGAGCAGGCGGCCAACGAGAGCGGCCUGGAUAUCGAAGACAUCCGCAGGAACCUUCCUCAGGACCUCAACGUGUGGAUUGACCCCUCUGAAGUCUCCUACCAGAUCGGGGAGAAGGGACAAGUCAAAGUUCUCUACGUCGACGACAGCAACGAGAACGGCGCGGAGCUCGAUAAGGAAAUUAAGAACAGCUUUAACCCUGAGGCCCAGGCGUUCAUGCCCAUCACCGACCAAGCGUCGCCCGUCUCCAGCUCACCGUCGCCCCCGUUUGGUGACUCUGCAGCUGUAAGCCCAACCUUUGUGCCCAGAGCGACGCAGCCUUUAACCUUUACGACUGCCACUUUUGCUGCCACUAAGUUCGGAUCUACUAAAAUGAAGACCAACGCCCGUAACAAGCUGGCGCGGGCCUCUCCCACGCAGUUUGGCUUCAACGUUAAUAACUUGCUAAAGCAGAGCACCAUGUCCUCGUCCAUGCACUCUGUCUACAGCCUCGGCCUUAGCAACCUCCCUCAGAAAACCUCUGCCCUUUCCCCCAAUGCAAAGGAGUUUGUCUUCCCUGGUCUUCAGGAUCAAGGAAGGUCCAGCAUAAACUGCGACGGCGGCCCGCUGCCGUACGGUAACGCGUUUGACAUGUUUGCAGCUUACGGUGGUCUCAAUGAGAAGUCCCUGGUGGAAGGAUUGAGUUUCAGCCUGAGUAGCGUGCAGUAUACUAACCAGCAAUUCCAGCCGGUAAUGGCCAACUAACCCGAGCCAGGACUUCUUCUUCUAUAUCCAAAGUAUUGUACAAGCUGCAUGAACCCAACGUGAUUUUUAUUUUCUUAUUUUCUCCUCCAGCUUGUAACCCUUGUACAUACAAGGUUGGUUGCAGAAGCACAUCACUUUCUUCUGUUAUGAAUUUUUUUCCCCUUCUCUUUGGUUAAGUGAAGACUUAGCUCGGUGUUCACUACAUUUUUUUUUUUUUUUUUUUAAGGAAUAUUGCCUCUUACAGUAUUUAGAAGCUACAUUUUUUUUUUUUUUUUUAUAUAGGCGUUGACUUUUCCUCUUUGUUUUUCUAAACUGAACCGAUCGGUAUGUGUAACUGACGCAUACACUGCUCGGAAUAAACCUCCGCCAUCCACCUGCCCGAAAGGUGGACGUAGGGGGAAAAAAAAUAAAAAUAAACUAUCUAAAGGGGAAUCAUUUUUUUUUUUUUUUCCAGCUCUGUAUGCGUUUUAUAUCUGAAUAUAUUUACAUUACACAUUUCAAGAUUUUUACGGAUCUGUGAUUCUUUCAGCAGCUUUAUGUAGAAUUUAUUUUAUUUAAUUUUUUUUAUUUCCGAAAUUGUCCAGUUGUUCAAAAAAAAGAAGAAAAAAGAAAAAAAAAAAGAAAAGUUUAUUCCUCUGCGUCCCUUAUAAUAUAGAGGGAUAUCUGUAAUUUCAGAGUUGUAUUUUCUGUUACAAAUUCAGAUUUUUGCUAUAUAAGAUGGAGAGAUGUAAUUGUAAUUUUUGUAUCUAAAUUGUGCAAUACUUGAUAAAAAGAAAUGUUAAAGUAUAUGAAGUCAGUGUCUUACAUGUUAAGAGCUGAAAUAGUUUAUAUUUAGUUUGUAUUAAAAUUAUUUUAAAUUAAAGUAAUCUUCAUUUUGGUACUGAA